UAAGUCCUAACAAACAAAACAUGCAGGCACACACCAAUUAAAAUUUGGUUGUCAUUAAAAGCAAAGUGACAAAUGGACCAAACACAAUUAAUCAAUCAAGAAUCCCCCAGACCUUAAUUAUUCGCUUCAUACACACAUUUCCAAGAUUUUCCCACUUCUUCCUAUCUCCCCUCUUUCCUUCCUCCAACGCUAAUCAGUCAUGUUUGAUCCAAGAAAACAAACAUCUAAUAUCCAUGACAACAUUCUUGAUCCUGCCACAACCUCAACUAACUGUUAUGACAAUUGGGAACCUCACAAUUUUGAUUUUCAAGUAUCACAAAAACUUGGGAAUCAAUUUAUAGCCCAAAAAAUAGAAGAUCAUGAAGAUGAUGAUGAUGGUGGUGCUUCUUCACCACCCUUAUGGAAAAAUAGCCCACCAAGAAGUCCAGUCCAUCCGAUAAAUUAUCGGUCGCUUUCACCUAGUUCUAGAACUCAAGCCAUAGCCAGAGGACAAUGGGAACUUAUGGAAAUGGUCAAGAACAUGCCUGAAUCUUGCUUUGAACUUUCUUUAAAGGAUCUUGUUGAGCAACCUAAAUCAUUUGAGUCUCAAGAAGAAUGCUUAGUCAAUAAUAAUAGGGAGAAAAAACAAGUCGUGCAGAACAUUAAGAUCAAGAAUGACCAAAUUAGAAAAGCCAAGAUGAUGAGAAGUAAGAGUAUUGAGAAUGGAGGGGUAUUUCUCAAGAUGGUUUCACCUGUUUCUUUGAGAUCAAAGAAGAAGAAGAAUGUAUCAGCAAAUACAACUAGAGUUUCCCCUAAGCCUGAUGAGUAUGAAAACUCUUGUUCAAAGAGUUUGGAGAAAGAGUGGUGGAAGAAGAGAUUUUCAGGUUCAAUUAGUGGUAGUAGCAACAAUAGUGGAAGUACUGGUAGAAAUAGAAGCAGGGGCAGCAAUUCUAACAGCAGCAGCAGCAACAGUACUAGUAGCAGAAACAACAGCACCAGGAAAAGGGAAAGGGUUUUAAGCUGUUGUUGGUCAAGUUUAUGCCUCAAUAAAAGCAUACUGGAGAAUGAUAAAGGGAUGACUGAUGCCUUAGAAUAAUUUGUUUAGUCUCGUGAAACAAUGAUAUGUAUGCAUAGUUUGGUGGUAGAUUAGGAAUAUACAGAUCUAUGCUCCCCUCCCACCCCCACCAUACCCCCACAGAAUUGUUCUUUCAUUUACCUUUUUUCUUGGUUUGGCAAGCAUUUAUUUGUUAACUAGAGCAACAUUUAUUGAAGUUUGGGAUCAAUAUAUAUUGCAAUUAGUACACCAA